AGCAUUGCAAUGAGUGCGGAUCAAGGUGCGGAUGAAGACAACAACGCCGCACCAGCAGAAGGCCAAGAGAAGCCCACCCCCAAGGUGCCCGAGGACCUCUCCCUCAGUGUGUUUAAGGGCAAUGACAAGUUCUCUGACCUCACUCUCAAGGCCUUCGACGCCGAGCACAAGACACACAAGGUCGUCAUCGCAUCCGCGUCGGCCUACUUCUAUGAGCAACUCGUUUUGAGCGAUGGAGCAGAAGGAGAGCUGUCCAUUCCAGAGACCCCCAGCAGGGUCACAGAGCGGCUGCAGGCGUCCCCUGCCUCAAAGAAGAAGUAUCAGGCGGCCGUGGAUCACUUCCUCACCUUUGCGUACAGCAACCAGUCGGCAGAGAGCCUCUCUGACCUCCUCGACGCCCAGGACACAGACCAGGAACUCAUUCUCGCCCUCUCAGGCAUCUCAUCGCAGCUUGGGGCCGCCAAGCUGACCGCGCAGCUGUCGACCUACAUCAAUGAGCGGCUCCUAUGUGCGGCCACCGGCAGCGUCUAUGUGCUCAAUCACGCUUGGCAGUACGGCAAUGAGGCUCUGCAGACGAGGGCGCUUGACGCUCUCAAGAGCCAGUUUGGUGUGUUUGUGCACCAAGCCGGUUGGAGGGAUUGGGAUGCGCUUGCAGAGAUGCCGGCGGAGGUGCUGACAGGUCUGCUCAAGGACACAUCCCUCGCCGUCAAGGAUGAAGGCGACAUAUUCAAGUCAGCGGAGGUCCACCGAUAGAGCCCCUCAUGUUGCUGGCCAUCAUGCCUUUGUUUGUCUGUUUGUGUGUGUAUGCAUUGUUGUGUCAGGGCCGUGUCGGCCAUCCUCAUGCGCCGCACGCCAUACGAUGAUGAAGGGACAGCAGCCGCACCGUCUGCUGAGGGAGCUGAGGGCGAUGCGGCGGCCAACCGGCCGAGUAGUGGGCUGGUCUUUCAUGUCUCCAUCAACAAGUCUGAGGGCCUCGAGAAGCCCACAGACGCCCCUCAUGGCUCGCAUGAGGCCUCCAAGGCCGCCGGCGGGCCAGCCAUUGAUGCGGCUGUGGAAGUCUACUUUAUCAGUACGUGGAUACUGCGAGUUUGUGACUGCCGCGCUGCAGUCACAUCCUUGUCUGCCUGUCUUUGGUGUAUGUAUCUCGGUCAGAGUCUGGCCAGAGAGCCGCUGACGGAGCCCUCCCCGGCCCUCGAAGACGAUACGGGCGGCAUUAUGGCCGUAGCAAGGCUGUGCGGGCACAGGGCGGGACUGCCGACUUUGCCGGCCAGUCUGGCAUGAAAUUGGUGGUACCUGAAGUGGUUCUUGAGGCAUCAGGAGAGAAGGCGGAUGAAGCAAAGGAGGAAGACCAGGGUAAGGAGAGCGAGGAGAACAACAAGGAGGGCGAGGCCGAUGACAAGAAGGCUGACACCACAAAGGCUGCGACGGCAAGCUUGGCCAGCGCCAUGGUGCUUCGCGUGCUGGAUGAGGACGUCGUCUACCCUCUUUCUCAGCUCAUCGGUGAGGGAGGGAGGGAGGGAGGGAGGAAUGAAUGCAAUACAUCGCGGGCCGCUCGCACCCCUCACCCCUCUCUCUCCCCCAUUCAAAUCAAGCUUCGUCUCUGUGUCCAUGUGUGUGUCAGGUGAAGCCGUGAUCCCCCCCUCAGAGCUGGCAGGCAAAGAUGACAGCACCGCCCACCCGCUCACACUCGCCCUCAGCCUCAAGGGCCAGCCCAUCACAUCCAAAGUCACCCUGACUUUCACCCUGAGGAAAAAGGAAAGUAGUGCUGGCAAGGAACCGGCUGCAGCGGCAGGUGACACAGCAGAGGGGGGUGAGGAGAAGAAGGAGACACCUGCCGCCCAGGAGUCAGCGGAACAGGAGGAGGAGGAGGAGGAGGAUGAGGAGCCACCUUCAUUGCCGCCUCUCCCUGCUGACAAGCUGGCUGAGAUCGCUGCGUGCGUCAGAUACCCGCUGCUGGAACACAGCCAGCUACUCGAGGUGUGCUGUGCAUGGAACAGACCCACCCCACCUACCUUUCCACAUCUCCUGCACAUCUGUGUGCUCCAAUGGAAUGCCUUCCAUCAGGCCGCCGGCGAUCCCCUGUUCGAGAGUGCCCGUCCUCUCAUCAUGGAGGGCCUCUCCAACCGGCUCCACAAAUACGAACCCUUCUCGAGGUCACCCAAACGGCCACUCUCACCCAUGCCGUCAAGACAAGCGCGCAAGACCCCCCCUGCCAUUGCCACGGGCCCCGGUGGUGCAUAUGCCGGCGGCAGGGCGCUGCGGGACGCCGCUGCGGGAGACACGGGGGUGCAUGCGAGCGAGGCUGCGCCUGUUGUUUUUGCAUACGAGAGCGAGUGGGAUGAGAACGGAGUGCUGUAUUACCUGGGGAGCCGUGGGAAGAAGGAGAGCUUCAGGAACCCCAUGGGCCGCGGCGAGGUGGUGGUCAGCUCAUCGGGUGUUGGGUUUGGCAGACUUGAAGACUUCGUCGGCAGGUACUUACUGUACCUACAUACCGAGCUCGAUGGGCGGGCGGAGACACCUAAGAUCCAUUCAUCCGUGUGUGGUGUUCUUCGGUCUGCAGGCAGUUUGUGAACCUCCGGACCCGCAAUGAGCCCGAUUCGUUCCUCGCCAUCGACCUCAGAGAGGUAGGCAGGUGGGCCGGCAGGGCAGGGCAGCCUCCGUCUGUGUCAUUCAUGUAGACAUACCUGUACGUACGUCUCGUCUCCCUCAGGACCGCUGUCUAAUCGUGACUGACUACGUGCUGCGAGGCCGCAACCUGCCCAGCCAUGCCCUCUGCUCAUGGGAACUACAAGUAAGGACGUACGUCAGGCCAGCCGCCAAUCCGAUCUGAGCAACUCAGACAACUCGGUGUCUGUCUCUUGUAUUGUAUCGCGUCUGCCGGUCGGCCAUACAUCAAUCAAUUACUCAGGGCUCAGUGGACGGCAUCGAGUGGCAGACCAUUGACCGUGUGUAUGAGUGCGACAGGCUGAGGCAGCCAUCCGCCGCGGCCCACUUCACCGUCGACCCAUCGCAUGGCGGGGAUGCCGUCAAUGCUGCAUUUAGGUGUGUUCGUCUCGUGCAGAUCGGCAAGAACUCCAGCGGUUCGCACAACCUGGUGCUGUCGGGGAUGGAGCUCUACGGCAAGGCGGUGGGGGGCAGGUGGCCAUAGCCGGCCACUGCAGCCUGGCCAAGGGAGGGAGGGAGGGAGGGACGAGAGUGCGUGUGGUGGAGUGUGAGAGCGAAUCUCGUUGUUAAUGAAGUGACUGACUGACGCUGGUGGCGCCUCGCUGCCUCAUCCAUUCAUCCAUUCUUUCAUGUGGUGACUGACGGCUCGUGACAGUGGACAUACAUAUAUGAAUGAAUUGAU